UUUUUCUUUUUUUUCUCAGCCCCUGCGUUCUCCUCUCUACUUCCUCGCUCCCUCCUCUUGUAAUUUAUUCAUUGGUGCCUCCUCUGGUAGAGCAUUGAGGAGAAAGAAGCGGGGAACCAGAUGAAGACUUUUUCUCCACUUUGGGAGUCUGCAGCGGUGGACCGUCGAACAUUUACCAUGCCUUUGUCAACCAACAGUGAUGUACGUGGAUCCUAAACAGGUUCUCAGUAUCAACUGAAAAAUAUCAUAGAAAUUGGUCCUUUUUUCUACUGGAUACACAGUAACCAUCAUCAUCAUUAUUAUCAUGGAAACCUCAAAAAAUAUUUUAAAACGACAGAGAGAUAUCAUCCAAUCAGAAGGUCCAGUUACAAGGGAGGAUGGGCUUGAAGAUAAUCUCUGCAACAUAGAUGCUAAUACAAAACUUGAACUGGAACCUAACUUUAACCUUAACCUCAAUAUUACCUCACCAAGCAAUCCCCGCGCAUUCAUCGAGUCCUCAAAGCUGCAUGGGGGACAGAAAAAGGAUAAUGUGACCAAAGAAGGUGAAAAACCUGGGGUGAAAGUAGCAGUAAGUAUGUCAGCAAGCAUCCUUACACCCACUGUGACAUCACCAGGAGAGAGAGAUGACCCAUCACGGCAAAAAAGCAAAAUCCCAGCUUUGUCUCGUUCACCAACAGCUAAGCCAACGGUUAGAUGCAGAGAUGAGCAGCUUCUGAAAUCAGCAAAUAUCAAACAUGCCCCAGGACUUAGCACCAAGAUGCACACAAGUCUAAAACCACAGCAGAUGGAGCAAACAACAAUGGCUAGCAUCCCCAAAAGUACUGAAAGAAUAAAAAUACAGAGCCUGAACACUACAAAAUCUCUGACAGGUGGACUAACCACAAAGACUACAAAUAAAAUAACAGUCAGUCUAAGUAUGCAGUCAAACCAAAAAGAGGAUGGGGGGAAAGUGAUCAAGACACCUUCGCCACAAACUUUACACCUACCUGCAAGCCCCCAAAUUCCUAACCAGAAAGCAGAGGCAAAGGCUAUCAGCUCAAAACUGGCAAAUCAAAUACCAAUAGUGGAAGUCAACCAAAACCCAGCGAGCAUAACCAGCAAGUCAAAUCCAAAAACUGGGCAUGACUCAAGAACUCAUAGUUCUGAAACAUCCUCUACAGCUACAAAAUCACCAAGUCCGAGGGGAGAAUCAGCACUUCCGAGUAACAAGAGCACCCUAUUGACGUCUGUAAGUCCCAAGCCAUCCACACAGAGAACAGCCACCGGACCUAUAAACAGUAAUACAAUGAAACCAAAGGAGAACCUUGAGAGUAAAGAUUCAAGUGCUGGUUUUGGAUGCAAAACCAGUUCUAAAUUCAUUUCAAACUCUAAGGGAACCACAGUGUCCAAGGACAGUCUGGUUUCUAAAACUGGCACUGAUUCCAAAGCCAGUCACAAUUCUAAAGCACAGAUUGGGUCAAGAAACAGUUUAGAUUCCAAAAGUGGUUCGGCUUCCAAAACAAGUUCAGACUCUAGGGAUAGUUUAGAUCUUAAAAAUGACUUCACUUCCAAAGCCACUCCCAACUUUAAGUCAGGGAUGAGCUCCAGAGAUAGCAUUGACUCUAGAAAUAUGUCAGAUAUUAAACCAAACAAAACUACUCAAGAGUCUAAGACAGCUGGGGCCUCUAGAACCAGCAUGGCAAGGUCAAAAGAUGACCAAGAUCCCAAAUCUCUGCCAGAUUCAAAAAUCAAUCUUCAAACUAGCCCAACUGCUAAAUGUGGGACUGCUUCUAGUUCUGAUGCCUCUUCCAAUUAUAAAGCUGAGCCAACACGGUCAACUUCUAUGUCUACUUUAACAAACUCUAGCUCUAAAAUAGACCUUGUCAGAUCUGUUUCCCCAUCAUCCAUUAGAACCAGUCUGUCUGGGUCCAAAGAUGACAACCUCAAGACUUCAGCAUCCAGUACCAAACAAGGUACGGACCCUAAAGCUGGAUCAAACAUUUUCAAGUCUGGACCAGUUCACUCUACUUCAAAACUAGCUUUGAGGGAUUUGCCCUCUUCCUUGACACUGUCUCCAAGACCAGGCUCAGCAAGUAGGAGUCCUGGAUCUUGUGCUGGGAAAACUCUUGAUUCAAAUCCUAUUGGACCACACAGAGAUGCCCAGAUAAGCCCUGGCUCUGCUCCAGGUAACUACUACCACAAUUUAAUUUUAUGUAGACAUUUUGCAAAACCGACAUCUUAUGAUCAUCAGUUUGUAAUGUAAAAAUCUGUUUGACAAAAUAAGCUUCAGUCAGGGUUCAAUGUGGUACAACCUCCACCUCCAAUACUCGAGUGUGGUAUUCUAUAAAAACUUUCAUGUCAGGUAGCUUUUAAUACAGUA